AGGCUACAUUCUAAUUCCGCUAUUGUAGCUAUCUUCACAUAGGUCAAGACAGCCGCCAUUGCUUCUGUGAAUGUUCUGUUUGUUGCAGUUUCCCGGAGUUCAUUCUGUGUGAUCAUUCUAUUUUUUUCCCCCCAACCUUCGCCAACGUAAGCUACUGAGGGCAGAAUUAUGUUUUGGUGUAAUAUUAUAAUGCACAUGAUACAACGUAUCUAAAUUGAAACGUUGAGUUGCAGCCGACCAAGGUAACGCUAGUUCGCUACAGUACAAAGAAAAAAAAACAUCGGGCUCCAAGACGCAUUUAGCUCGGAAAUAUCUACCCAUUCGUAAAUUAAGUCACCGCUAAUAGUUCGCCUUAUUUGGUAUCUAUUGAAGAAACUGCUUUUUUGCUGCUCUGACCAUGUCGCUUCACGGUAAGCGUAAAGAAAUUUACAAAUACGAGGCGCCAUGGACGGUAUAUGCAAUGAAUUGGAGUGUGCGACCAGACAAACGCUUUCGCCUCGCGCUUGGCAGCUUUGUGGAGGAGUACAACAACAAGGUUCAGAUAGUUGGAUUGGAGGAGGAGAGCUCAGAGUUUGUCUGCCGGAACACCUUUGACCAUCCUUACCCUACGACAAAGAUUAUGUGGAUUCCUGACACCAAAGGGGUGUAUCCUGACCUACUGGCUACAAGUGGCGACUACCUGCGCAUUUGGAGGGUGAGUGACACAGAGACUCGCCUUGAAUGCCUGCUCAACAACAACAAAAACUCUGACUUCUGUGCACCGCUUACAUCUUUUGACUGGAAUGAGGUGGACCCUAACCUGCUUGGUACCUCCAGUAUCGACACCACCUGCACUAUCUGGGGCCUGGAGACGGGUCAGGUACUGGGCCGGGUGAACCUUGUUUCUGGCCACGUCAAGACUCAGCUCAUCGCCCAUGACAAAGAGGUCUACGACAUAGCGUUCAGCCGAGCCGGAGGGGGCCGAGACAUGUUUGCGUCGGUGGGAGCCGACGGCUCGGUGCGCAUGUUCGACCUGCGCCACCUGGAGCACAGCACCAUCAUCUAUGAGGACCCCCAGCACCACCCGCUGCUCCGCCUCUGCUGGAACAAACAGGACCCCAACUACCUGGCCACCAUGGCCAUGGAUGGAAUGGAGGUGGUGAUCUUGGACGUCCGUGUGCCAUGCACCCCAGUGGCCAGACUCAACAACCACCGGGCCUGUGUCAAUGGCAUCGCGUGGGCGCCCCAUUCCUCCUGUCACAUCUGUACUGCAGUAGCGGACGACCAUCAGGCGCUGAUCUGGGACAUACAGCAGAUGCCCAGGGCUAUCGAGGACCCCAUCCUGGCCUACACAGCCGAAGGCGAGAUCAAUAAUGUCCAGUGGGCAUCCACCCAGCCUGACUGGAUUGCCAUCUGCUACAACAACUGCCUGGAAAUUCUCCGUGUCUGACAUGACCUGGGCUCAGCUCUUAGCGGGACAGUCUGAGGUGAUCCUCGGGGUCUGAUCUGAGCUCAGUGUUAAUGUCCUAUUAAGCUACAGGUGGUCGAGAGUGAGCAUAUAUCUCAGGCCUUCUCAAGAAUGGACAUGGCAUCUUUUUUUGAUCCAACGUCACAAGGGACUCAUGUUACUGAAGUUCUGAACUGUGUGAUAAUGAUACCAGAUUGGAACAUUGAGGAGAAUAAUAGGGAGGCCAUUUAAGUUCAGACGGCGGAGUGUGUUGGGUGACACAGACAAUGUUUACACCCUUCUGAGUAAGUUAUGGAUAUGCUCAAGACAAUUUGGUGCACUUAUUUCCCACCUGGCUUCUCAAGUCUGAAAAUUCUCUGCUUCUUAGAUGUCGUUUUUGACAGACAUUGAAAAGACAUGCUUGAAAUUGUUACAGUUCAUUGUAAGAUACCUUGUUUGUCAAAAACAGAAGACAAAUCAAGAGUAUACAAAAGACGCUUCAGCUAAUCGCUAUUAUAUCUACACUUACCACUGGUCUUAAAUCUGAUAUUUUCAGUGUUGUUUGAUAAGCAAGUCGGCUGUACAUGUGAAUUGAUCUAUAUCUUUAUUGGAUCUGAGUCUUUGGUAGAAAUGUUUAGCCAGUUUUUUAUAUGCAGUAUAAUGUGCAUACUUAAUACUUGUGUGGCCAUUUUGUUGUACAAAUAUCUUUAUUCCCUUAAUACCUUACCAUUAUGUCUAAACCACAUAGUUUAAGAUCCUAUGGUUAUAUUUAAAAAAGGACUGAAUUAAACUAUUUGUGUAUUCAA